UUGCCACUUACAAACGCCAAUGUCAAUUGUCAAAGCGCCAGUUGUGAAUUUACUUUCAUAUUGUAAAUAUUUGUGUUUUGAAAACAAAGAAAUCGUAUAUAAUCAAAAUGGGCAAAAUAUUCCUUGACCACAUUGGUGGCACUCGAUUGUUUUGCUGUGCAGCGUGUGAAGUUAAUCUCACUAAUCGCGCUGAACUGAUUAGCACACGAUUUACUGGAGCUACAGGGCGUGCUUUCUUGUUUCACAAAGUAGUGAACCUAGUAUACUCGGAAGUACAGGACCGUGUGAUGCUGACCGGCCGCCACAUGGUGCGUGAUGUUUCCUGCAAAAACUGUGGCACAAAGCUUGGAUGGGUCUAUGAGUUUGCUACAGAGGAGAAUCAAAGAUAUAAAGAAGGCCGUGUUAUUCUAGAAAGGGCUCUGGUCAUUGAAAGCGAUGGUAUUGAAGAAAUUCAAGUCAAUAAUGAUGAUUGAUUUUUAAAACACUGUUUAUAAUUAUUUGUUUAAUAUUUGUUAGUGAACUGACAUUAACGAAGUUGUAACAUUCAGAAUUGUUACUAUGGAUCCUUCAAGUUAUGAAAAUAGACCCUGAAGUCUAACUUAAGACCAAGUUAAAAGUUUCACUUGAAAACAAAAUUUAAAUAUCAAACUAACAAAAUCUAAUUAUUGUUUAUUUUUUUUUUGAUAGAAAAUGAUUUUGUAUAGUGGCAGUUUUAUAUGUAAAAAAUCGUUAUAUAUCCAUACUGUGUAGGUAUUAGUGUUAUUUUCUAUAUGGUCAAACAUUUAGAAAAAAAUCAGCAGUUCAAUUUGAGGAUAAAAAAAAAUUGACUACAGUCUCUAAUGGGGUAUUCAGAGGCCUUUGUGUUUUUGUUUAAAAUUAUAGUAAAAGAAAGGUAAAUUGAAAA